UGGUGGAGGCAGGCGUCGGCCGUCACUCGCAGAAGACAUCGAGUGCCUCCGAGCGUUCCCUCGACCGCUCCGAUUCCUCCCUCUAUCGCCUUCGAUCGCGUUUCCUCUUUCUGAUUCCAAUGGUUUACAUCGCCUCUUGGGACGAGUUCGUGGAGAGAUCCGUGCAGCUCUUCCGCGCGGAUCCCCAAGCGUCUCGGUACGUGAUGAAGUAUAGGCACUGCGACGGGAAGCUGGUCCUCAAGGUUACAGACAACCGUGAGUGUCUGAAGUUCAAGACAGACCAGGCCCAGGAUGCAAAAAAGAUGGAGAAACUCAACAACAUAUUCUUCACUUUGAUGGCCCGUGGUCCUGAUGCUGACAUAUCAGAAGUAUCAGGCAAGGAACAGGUGGAGCAGCAGGCUUCGAAGAAAGGGAGGGGAAGGAGGCAAUAAAACUGUAUUUGCUGUUUUGCCCCCUCGCAAAUGAAUCUGAAGAUCAGAUUUCGGUUUUCUUCGUUCUCUUACACAAGAGCUGGCCUAUUGUACGCUCAUUCCAGAACAGGGUUGGAAUUGCUUUCUGUUACUAUUUUCUUGAGUCUCAUCUAUAUUGAACAUCAACGUUCCUGUUUAAGCCUCCAAUUGCCAAUUGGGGUGCAUUAGCAAGACAAAUCUAAGUAGACAAUCAUUUUCAAUUUUGGCCUAUUUUUCCACCACUUAUUUUUUUGAUGCAUGCAAAUUUUAGGUUUUUUCUAGUGGUGGUGGACUAAGUUGUAACCUUCACCCGCAAA